AUGUAGAAAACAUAAUUGGUGAAUUUCUUGUAAAAUGGAUCAAAUUUUUAUCCUUUUGGUGAUAAACCAAAUAAUAGUUACUCACCAGAGGGAAAGUUUAAACCAUUUAUUUGUGAAAGAAAUUAAGUUGGUAAACUUGUUAACAAUGAAAGUUAUAACUUUUCAUCAAUUAGAAAAAAUACAAAACAAAGAACAAGCGAGUAAAUAAAUCAGAUAGAUACUGAUUUAAUUAUGAGACAUAAAUUUCGUACUGAAUUAGAAUCUCCUAAAUAUGAUCCAAAUACUAAAUAUGUCACUUUAAUACCAACUAGCUUGAAUAAUGAAGAUUUAUAAAAACCAAUCGAUAUAAAAUCAUAUACUCUUAAUCAUAAUUAAGUAGAAAGAGGUUAAUUAAUGAAAAAACAGUAAAAAGGACUUAAUCAUAAACAUUAAUUAAUUAGUAGAAGUACUAAAACUUUGACUUCCUAGAUUCCAGCUAUAGGAAUUUAUGAUCCUUUACCUUUAAUUAAGCAUUUACCAAAUAUUUAAAUAAAAUCUAAGUCUAUUUAGAAAUUACCAGAAGUUUGGGAAAGAAAUAAUUCAAUUGUAACACCAAAAUAAGGUUUAAAACAUUGUGAAUCAGAAAUGAUGUUUGCAAAAUAAAUUGCUCAAAUUAAUAGAGAAGUUGAAUAAGAAAUGAAAAGAAAUCCUAAUCAAAAAUUUGCAGUUUAAUAAUUUGACAUAAAUGAAAAUAUGAAUUUAGAAGAAGCUGAACAAAUGAGAAACAGGAUGAAAUAAUAUUUUCAAAGCGUUAAAGAUAGCUUGACAAAAAUUAAAAAUUUAAUAAAUGUGAAAAGAUGAG